UUGUUUUACGUCAGAUUUGGAAGUUUACUCCAAUUUUUUAAUCAAUUGAAUAAGACAAGUGAACUUCUUGUCCUUGUCAAAUAGAAAAAGAUCAAACGUAGCUUUGACGUUUAGUGGGAUACAAUUCGUUUUGUUAGUACCCUUAACAGCUUCAAUAAAAGCUAUGGAGUUCACAGUUUAAAUCCCCCAUACAAAUACUUCUCAGUUCCUUGCUACUUUUUCCCAAGUCCAAAAAAAAAAGGGGUAAAGACGAGUAACGUAGCAGUGAUCAUGGCAGUUUUGAUUACAGUGCUCUCGGUUGUGACCAUUGCCUGGGGUCUGCACUUGUUGUAUGUGAUAUGGUGGAGACCAAAAAUGAUAGAGAAGCAGCUAUGGAAACAGGGCAUCCAUGGAUACCCGUACAAGUUGAUCCAUGGGAACACCAAGGAGAUGAUCAAGUUAGGUAAGGAAAAAGGAGCGGAACCUGUGGAAAAGCCGCACGACAUCUUGCCUCGUGUCAAUCCUUUGCUUCAUGAUCUCGCCACUACUUACCAGAAAUCGUUCCUUAUUUGGUAUGGAACAACUCCUUGUGUGGCAAUCAUGGAACCAAAUUUAAUAAAAGAGAUUCUGAACAACAAAUCUGGUGAUUUCCCUAAGCCAGAAAUAAAUUCAUUUACGGAGCUCUUCGUGACUGGCCUUGCAAGCUAUAAUGGAGAUAAAUGGACCAAACACAGGAAACUCGUUAAUCCAGCCUUCCACAUAGAGAAGUUGAAGGUUAUCCUGCCUGCAUUUGUGGUUUGUACCGAAGAAUUGAUUGGCAAGUGGAAAAAGCUUGUCAACUUCAUGGGAUCAUGUGAAGUAGAUAUAUCUGUCGAAUUUCAAAACUUAACCGCGGAUGUCAUAUCGAGAGCAGCUUUUGGCAGCAAUUUUGAAGAAGGGAGGUUGAUAUUCCUUUUCCAAAAGGAGCAAGGUCGGCUCUUUUUACAAUCUCAGAUGAGCAUCAAUUUCCCAUUGCUAAGGUUUCUGCCAACCGAAGUAAACAAAAGAAUGCAGCACAUACACAGAGAAGUUCGAUCCUUGCUGACAGGUAUAAUUGAAAAAAGACAGAAGGCUAUAAGAUCAGGAGAUCACAAAGAUGAUUUGUUGGGCUGGCUACUGAAGUCUAAUCUCAAUGAGCAAAAAGAAAAGAAGAAUUCCAAUGCCGGGAUGACCACAGAAGAUGUGAUCGAAGAGUGCAAGUUGUUUUACUUUGCUGGUCAGGAAACCACGGCCAAUUUGUUGACAUGGACCAUGGUUGUGUUGAGCAUGCAUACUGAUUGGCAGGAGCGAGCCAGGGAAGAAGUAUUGCAAGUUUUUGGGAUGAAUAAUCCAACAUAUGAUGACCUGAAUCGCUUGAAGAUAGUCAACAUGAUUCUGCUUGAAGUUUUGAGGCUAUAUCCACCAACAUCCCUGAUUCGAUGCACAUACAAAGAGACCAAGCUGGGAAAUUUGUGUCUUCCAGCAGGGGUGCAGCUGUUUAUGCCAUUGCACCUUGUCCAUAGGGAUGCAGAACAAUGGGGAGAAGAUGCAAUGGAGUUCAAGCCAGAAAGAUUUUCAGAAGGGAUUUUCAAGGCAACCAAGGACAAAAUAUCGUACUUCCCUUUCGGCUGGGGGCCGAGAAUAUGUGUUGGACAAAACUUUGCGAUGCUUGAAUCGAAAUUGGCUAUGGCGAGAAUCUUGCAGAACUUCACAUUUGAGCUAUCGCCAAACUAUAUUCACGCACCAUAUGCAGCUGUAACACUUCAACCUCAAUAUGGUGCUCAAAUAAUCUUACAUAAAUUAUGAGAAUAAGAGGCACCAGCUGACAGCAACUGCUUCUCUAAUCUAUCUUGUUUCGCAUUGUGCUUGUACAUCUAAAAACUGCAGUCUAAUUUGAAAAAGCCUCAAUCAUUAUUGCA